AUGGAGAUACGAUUGCCUGACCUGCCGUUGCUGCGAAUCUUCUCCUUCCUGGACCCUUUCAGCUUGCUGAGAGCCUCCCAAGUGAACAAGCAGUGGAAUAAUGUUGCAGACAACCAUGACCUGUGGAGAAAGCUGUGUGUGAGCAGAUGGAACCUCUGCAACCUCUCCUAUGAGUGCCUGUGUACCCAGACAUGGAAACAGUUCGUCCUCAACCAAAUAAAGCAGGAGUAUCGGAUGGCGCUGGUGCAGCCAGAGGACUUUAACUACAGAGAAGUAUCUGGGAACCUCGGAAUCUUAGGACCUAUGGCUUAUCUCUCAGGAACCAGCCCCACAAUGGAUGGACACGGGAGGUCGAUUCUUUGUACUGUGUCUUCAAAACAAGUGCUUUAUGCCUGGGAUGUGCAAGCGGGCACUAUAAUCUGGUCAAGCCCAGUUCAGAGGUCCAGGAUCAUGAACGUGGCCACCCUCCCUCAGAUGCAUCUCGCAUUCACUGUGGAUUUGGCAGGAACUAUCAAAGUGUGGAACUGUCAGGAUGGAGAUGCUCUGGCUGCUUUCACCUUGUCUAAGGCCUGUUUUUCCUUGGAAGCCUUUCUCAGGAAGGAUGGCGCCUUUGUCUUGGUGGGCAAUUCUGAAGGUGACAUCUACACACUUUCAGUGCCUGGGUUAGGAUAUAUUUCUAAAGUUAAUGCAUUUAGAUAUAGUGUCGAUCAUCUAGUCAUCUCUCCUGAAAAGAAGUGGAUCUUUGCUUCUGGAAAUCAUCAACAUAUCUUGCCAAAGGUAUUUUUCACAGAAUGCUUGCUGAGACCAAGAGAAGGUGAACCGCCUCUGUCCCUCUCGCUCCCAUUCGCAAAUUGCUGCAGGGCCUGCUGGGCCCCAAGGAAGAAAAACAGGCUAACAGUGAUGUUCCGAAGAGGUUCUCACAAAAAGACAGGAUUUACCACCUUUGAUAUAACAACUGAAAGGACUGGGGGCAAAACAGUCAUCAAAGAAUAUCAGAUCGCAAGUUUCAUGCUACCUGGUCAUAUGGAGCCUCCUGUCUGGAUGGGAGCCUGUGACGGACAAAUGAUUGUCUUUGAGAGUGGGUCACACCUGUUCCUCUUCACCAUCAAUGGGCUCCUGCUGCAACGAUUUGAGGAUCACCAGAGGACCAUCAGCGACUUAUGGGCGGAUUCUGUUCAUGUGCUCACCACGUCCGUGGACGACUCGGUGCAUCUGUACAUGUGGGAGGAGGAAGGCUGCUAUCCACACCUCAGGAGCCGCUGCCACCUGGACUUCAUGGCCAGUGACCAGGCCCCGAGCUGGCGUGCAGGAACAUAGCAGGAACACUG